AAUUGCUGUAUAUGCAAACCACUUCCGUCGUACAUUUCCGCUAACAAUCUAGGAAAUAGGUGGCCGGCUGGCGGCGAUACACGGGUCGUCCGCUCAUCUUUCAGGCCACCUUCCGGUGCCGGCGACCCUGUCCCCAUCGCCGCCCUCCACGAGGAUGAUUAUGAACCCGACAUUUCCACUUCAUCUGCAGCCAGUCCUAAUUUAUCCAGCUUAAGCUCUGCUACCAACUUGUUAAUCGCAGAAACCGCCCACAAUGCAGGUAAUGGAUCGUUCUAUGAACGCGUCGAAUAGGAUACCUUCUUCUGUGUUUGAACUAGACCAUUCUUCGGACCCAGUACUAUGGAGUACAGCCUCCAGUGAAUCAUUAUUCAGUAUCAACAUAGGGAGUGCCAGUACUACCGGGGAUUAUGGUCCUUGGUGCUCUGAUGAGCGUGAUUCUAUAGGCCAUCCAGUCAACACACGCCAGGUUUCUAAUCGCCCUAGUUUUAAAAUAAGAGAAGUGGAAGCAUGUCUUGAUGCCUUGGAAGAGGACCCAAGGGAAAGUGAAGAUCACAGUAAUGAGAGAUCUCUUGCCGAGGGGAGGGGAAGUAAUGCCAGUGUGAAAUCCUUCGCGUUUCCAAUUUUGGCAGGCGAAGAUUCUAAGGGAAAGCUUGGUUGCUCUGCAAAAUUCCCAGAACCACCCUCACCACCAUCGCCGCCGAUGAAGGAGGCAGAACCAUCUCCACAAUUAGAACCCGAGGCCACGGCUCAAAAGAAGUGGUAUUCUUGCUUCCCUUGUUGCUAAUAGGAAAGUUCAUUUCGCCGGAAGUUUAUCAGCCUUCACUGCUCAA